AAACCUCAUGCUUACUUAGUAACCCGGCCAACUUUGUAACAACAUGGCGGCCAUGGAAGCCCUUGUAAAUGCCUACGGUGAUGAUAGCGAUUCUGAAGGAAAAGAAAGUCCUGAAGAGGAAACUACAGCGGAUCAUACGGCACAUCUAAAUUCUAAUGUCUCAAUUUCACAACUUCAAUCCAAAGUGCAGGUUAAAAGUGCUCCGGUUGUAACUGCAAAGGAGGCUGUCGGUGUGAUUAGACAAGUCGAUCCCACCACCAAGGAGGUCACUUACAACCCGCGAUAUGAAGAGAUGUACUCCCCGGAGGUUGGACCAUCCAAUCCCUUUAAAACUAGGCAGCAAAAUGCUCCAAAGAAUGCACUAGCUGGUUAUGUUGAACCAGCUCACAUGAGUGACUUUACAUUUGAGACUCAAAGAAGAACAUUUACUAGUUAUGGUUAUGCCCUGGAUCCCAGUGUAACAGGAGGGGCUAGCACAAGUGGGGAAAGGUUUGUUGGAGAUGUUGGAAAAGCAGAGGAGAAGAAAGGCCUGACAAUAUUUGAAGCAGCAGAAGCUCGCCCAGGUGACAAGAGAAAACGAGAAAAGCCUGGUGAUCCUGGAGACAUUGAAGGAUACAAAGGGAAGUGA